CCGGAAGUGAUCAGCAGAGCGACAUACCUUAGCAAAAUGACAUGAAUUUAUAAUAUAUAAUCUUUGUUACAAUGUUAUGAUUUCUACAAACCUACCGUAUUUCUUUUGGACAUUUGAAAUGAAAAACCAGAAUGGGCUGAGGAAAGCAGCCUCUGGUACUUGUUGGAAGGGAAGUCCACCACCAUUAUCAUCAUGACGACUAGUAGUGAUGACUUGCUACAGGCAAACCAGGUGGUAAAGGAGCGCUGGAAAGUGUUGAGGAAGAUAGGUGGUGGUGGAUUUGGGGAGAUCUAUGAAGCAACAGACAUGGUCACAAAAGAGCUAGUUGCACUGAAACUGGAAUCGGCAAAACAGCCCAAACAAGUUCUCAAAAUGGAGGUCGCUGUGCUGAAGAAACUACAGGGCCACGACCAUGUCUGCCGUUUCAUAGGCUGUGGGCGAAAUGAGCGCUACAACUAUGUUGUGAUGUCAUUGCAAGGCAAAAAUCUAGCUGAGUUGAGGAGGAGCCAACCAAGGGGUUGCUUUUCAUUAAGUACAACUAUUCGACUUGGUGCACAGAUACUCAAGGCUAUUUCAUCAAUCCAUGAAGUAGGCUUCCUACAUCGAGACGUCAAGCCAUCAAAUUUUGCAAUGGGCAAAUCAGCGACUAACUGUCGUAAAGUUUACAUGCUUGAUUUUGGCUUAGCAAGACAAUACACAACAUCAACUGGUGAAGUCAGGCCACCAAGAGCUGCUGCUGGAUUCAGAGGAACAGUGCGAUACGCUUCAGUUAAUGCUCAUAAAAACAAGGAAAUGGGUCGUCAUGAUGACUUGUGGUCUCUGUUUUAUAUGAUGGUGGAGUUUGUUAUUGGUCAAUUGCCGUGGCGCAAGAUCAAAGACAAGGAACAAGUAGGGACUAUGAAAGAGAAGUAUGACCACACGCUACUGCUCAAGAACAUGCCGUCCGAGUUCCGACUUUUUCUUGAGCACAUCCAGUGUCUGGAGUAUUAUGACAAGCCAGACUACACGUUGCUGCAGAACCUCUUUGAACAGUGCAUGCGCCGGAAAGGCAUCAAGGAAAGUGACCCGUACAACUGGGAGAAGCCACAGAAUGAUACAUCAUUAACCGCGUCGGUCACUUCACAGCCUGUAGCUAUCAGACAGACUUUGGCUGGCCAAGGAGUUAUGCAGUUUGGGCCAAACACACCAGGCCACGGUGCUACUGAUAUCAUCGACGAAAACCUGUCUCAGGAAGAAGCUGAAGACCAGCUGAAAAAGAACAUGCCUGAUUUCAUCAUUCCAGAUAGCAAGUACCACCCGGAAAUAGACAACCGCGUUGUUGAGGAGAAAGGGGACAUCCUGCUCGUGCCUAAAACAGAUUUUGAAACGGAGGCUAAGAAAUAUGAGGCUGAGCAGAAGGUAAAGGACACUCCAGAAAAUGGCACUAAUGUUGAGAAUGGUUAUGGCCCCGACUUGCCAGAAAGGACUGGAAGCAAUGCUCAAGAUGUUGAACACAUUCCAACAUUCAGGAUAUCCCAGAUGGUAGGUGGUGAGCAGGGCAUGAUGCAGAUUUCUCAAGAGAUGGAAAAAGCUGCAUUAAUGAGGACUGAAAAUGGGAUACACAAUGUUGGGAAGGAUGAUUGUGAUAAAAACAAAGAUCCAUUAAUUCCAGAUGGUACUGCAAUGUUUGUUAGUAACUCCCAGCUUGCUGAUUCGAAACCAGUUGAUGGUGCUACGCAACCAGGGAAGGACACCAGUGUUAACCCAAAUACCUCUGGUUUGCCAGCUAGCCUGGCUAAGGCUCCAGAUAUAUGUAACUAUAAUGUAGAUUUUGAUGAAAAUGGUGAUGACAGGUGCAAUAUUAGCAAGAACUUAGUAGAUCCCGACUUCCUUAUCAGUAGAGCACCAGUAACUUUUGCAAUACUUCAGACUGAGGAGAAGACUCAUACCGUUGGUGAUGAUGACGAUGCAGCAGAGAAUGCCACUCGUGCUGCACCGUUCACUAUUGCCAGUCAGUGGGUGUCGGCGUUUGGAUCAAGUGGGGAGGACAGUGAUGCAGAUCAGAGUGAUGUAGAAAGUGUAACAAAGCUAGGAGUGGAUGGAAAAAUCAAAUACUUCAAAACCAAAUCAAAAAAGAGUUUCAUGAACACAAUAGCUGAUGUAGAUGAUAUUGAUAGCAUGGCUAGAAAUUCUCUCGUUUUACUGGAUGAUAAGGAUUUGAGGGACACUUUUCGAGGAUCUCUUGUGUUUGAUGAUGAUGAAGAAGAGAAUGCUGAACAUCCUGUUGCUCAAGGGAAGAGUCCUGCAUUCAAAGAACCAGAAAAGGUCAGGAAGCAGUCGUUGCCACCUCGGCAGUCUGAAGGUGUUACUUUAAUUGACAUGAAAAGAAGUAGUAGUGUGGACAACAAAGAUCGGAAAGGUGGUAAAAAAACAUCCAGUUUUUCUAGUCCUAGGAAAAUGCCAGACAAAUUAGCAAAAGAUAUUGGCAACCGAAUUGGAUCCCCUCUGAAGCAGAGUACCAGUAGCUCUUCCAAAAUUACAUUCAGAAACAGAGAUUCUUUUAGUGAUGAGAAAAAACAUGGUAAAAGUAGGCCAAAGGUUGUUGCCACAGGCAAACCUCCCCCAUAUCAGUCUGUUAAAAAAGAUAAAAAUAUACCAGAAUCUCUCAAAGAGAAAACAAUUUCCAGUGUCGAUCCUUCAGUUAAAAAUCAAAGUAGUGUAAAAGGUCCCAUUUCAAAACCAAAAGAUAGUUCAGUGGACAAAAAUAAGCUCUUAAAUGAUGCUAAACAUGCCCUUGCAACUGAAGAGGUUAAUAACAGUGCCAAUUCUCAACAUGCAGGCAUCGAUCCACCGAUAUUAGAAAGCCAAAUCCAGUCUCCCAGUGCACCUGAUGCUCUAUGCAAUGACAAUAAUGUGCCAUCAACUAGCGGCAGAGUGGAUCAGCAAGCCAACACGAGGGAUACAUCGUCGCCUGCGCCACAGCGUCCAGUGAGAAGGCGUUCACAGUCGGCAUCGAGAGUGGAAAACCUGAGUCGGCACAUGGACGAUGACACAGGGCGCGUCACUCCAAUCAAUCUGGAUGGAGACAACUGCAUGCCACAUCCUCCACCAGGCCAGGCACCAAGAAAUGCACGACGUCGACGUUAUAAAGUAGCCUCAUCUAACCUGAGCCCCCGUGACCCCACGUCUUCAUGAGCAUGGUCUACUUAGCCAUUUUCUCUCCAUUAUUUUCUGUUGAUGUUCAUCUUCAUUUGUCUUAUUGUUGGACCCCUGUGAGAGGCUUGCACCAAUAGGGUAUCCCUCAGCUACUUGGACUGUUUGUCCAGGACAGAAGUUAACAGUUUGUGGUCAGAGAGAAGUUGUUAUUAUAAUAAACAGUUCAAAAUCCAAAGCUGUAUGAUGCAACUGGAGUAGACAAGUUUGUUUUUGAUGAAGAAAAAAACAAUCUCUUUGUUUUACAAGUUUAUUUCUUAUUUAGAAACUCAUUGUUUGUGGAAUUUAGCAUACAUAUCUUUUGUUAUCCCAGCUCAUUUGAAACCGAGUGUGUUUAGAUUAAUCUGUUAUAUAAUAUUUUGUUCAUUAUGGUAUAUAAUUUGUUUUCAUUUGUUACACAGGGAAAACGACUUAUUCUGCUUUCUGUGUUAAGUGUCAUAACUUUGCCAUCCUAAGCCUGCAAUAUAUGGUGCCAAAUUUAAUGGUUUAUUUGCUAUUCUGUAAAGUUUUUGUACAUGAAGUUGCAUUCACAUGAGAUUAGUGUAUGACUGGUGUGUCCAUAUGAUGGCAGCAAUUUUAUGCACAAAAUGCAAGCCAUUGUUUUUUUAUGUUCUCAGGAUUAUCAAUAUUUCUUUCUUUUUUUUCCUUUUUUUUUUUAAUGCAGCUAUGCUGUAUUGUUCUAUUGAUUUAUAGUUUAUGCUAUUUGUGUAUCAGGUCUUUUAACCUAUAUCAUAAUGGAUGGCCUAAUUCAUGCAAAACAUUUCACUGUCAUUGAUCAAGACAAUCAUUAGUGCAUUAGCUUUAUAUGUGUGUUGCAUUAUUUGCAAACACAUUGAUCCAAAGUUUUACCUUCAUUGAAUUAUGUCAGACUUGCACAGCUGUUGAAGAUCACUGCUUUAUUUUAUGACAGAAUUUUGAAGCAUGCAUAAAUCUGAUGGGUUUUUUUUAUCAGGAUUUUUGCCAGAGUGUAUGAAAGGUAAAAGUAUGUACCCUAAAGUUUAGGAAAUUAAUGCAUACAAUUUUAUAAUUUUGAGAAAGAUUAAGAGAACUGAUGUUUAAAAUUUGACAAAUUACAUGAAUUGCAGUAUACAAUAUCAAAAGAUUUAAAAUCUAUAGCCACCUUGGAGAGGCACUUAACGUCUUUUCUUUUUUUAUUAUUAUUAUUUUCUGUCAGAAAACCUGUUUAUGUACCAGUAGUUUUCUUGAACAACAAAAUAAGCAAAACCUGUAUUCAGGUGAACAUUCGUAUGUUGAAUUACGCCAUCAAUUUUAAUGUAGGUUGAAGAGAUUGUGUAUAUAUAUAUAUCGCUGUUCUUGUUGGGAGACUGAGCAAGCUUAAACCAUGGUGCAGCAUCAGUCAUCGUUCAUCAUAGUCUUUCAUCCAUGAUUUUAAGCUUGUUUUGAAUUAACUAUCAUAGUGACUGUGAAUAUGUAUUACACUUUUUAACAGAGCAUAAUGAGUUCAGAGAUAGGUUUAGUGUGACCAAGGCUGUGAGAUUUAGAAACUGAAAUGUUUUCUUAAAUUUUAUAUUGUAUAAAGAGACCAAUCACCAUCUUUGAUUAAAUUGUGUUUGGUGGUGCUUGCAUGUUUGUGUACCUCUUCAUAUCAAAAUGGUUUUCUUUUCUUUUCUCUAUCUUUUAUUUUCUUCACAUUUCAAAAUGGUUACAAAAUAUCGUUGGGAAAAUCUUUUUAAAAAUUCACACAAUCACUUGGCUAUAGAGUAUGGAACAGCUAUUUGCCUCAUAAGUAAACUAUAUGUAAAACAUUAAAAUUGGAGCUUUCAGUGUAAUAAUUUUAUUAUUAUUAUUCUUUUUGAAUGUGCAGUGAAACCUGUCUAAACCAGACCCUGAACAAACUGAAACCGUCAAAACUGACCCAGUUUUAUGGUCCCGAAUUUUUUAAAUUCUAAAACCGUGACCCUCUUAACACUGGGUCCUGUCCUGAAAUAAAUGUUAGCUCCCCAGAGUAAUCCGGUUUAGACAGGUUUCACUGUAUAUGUAUUAAUGUCAUCAGUUGGAAGAGUCUAAUGUGUGUACUUGUGUAUACAUUUUUGUGUAAUGAAAUGUAUAUUGUGUCCAAAUACUAAAUAUUAUAUUACGUUAUGAUUAAAUAGUGAGGAAGCAUAAUAAUGGGUGUAACGCAGGAUUUAUUGUUAUUGAAAAUCAAUACUUUUAGGUUGUUUGUCUGAUAUUAUUAAUCUGUACUGUACUUCCUGUCCAACAGUUUGUUUGCUUGGAGAAAAUUGGACAGUUCCUGUAUUAUCUAAUGCACUGGUUUAUCAACAUGUUUUGGCAUACAUUAGCAGGCCGCACAUGAGGUCCAAAUUAUAGGGCAAAGUCACUUCUCUCUCAGUCUUUGGGAGGGUGAAGUUUUUAACAGGUAGGACACUUGUUAUUUUAUAAUUUCCACAUCUUUAUUUGUAUGUUUAAUUUAUUCAUAAUUAAAUUAAAUUUUAAUUAAAAAAAUAACUGAUUGGCUGUAUACAAAAUAAACAAUAGAAUUACUAAAGUUAGAACUUUUAGGACCAGACAGUUGUAGUCUGGGCUAGACAACCUGUUACAUGAUUUUGUGGUGCCAAAGUGUCACUUCGAACUCUCAGAUAUUUAACACUUAAUUAUUAUCUAUAAAUAGGUGUUUCUCAAGUCUGAAGGUUUUCACCAUUCUGACAUUCAUCCACGACUGUGUACAAUACAAGUCAUCACAAUUUUCACAAGGUGACAUCAAUUUCGCAUCAUUGUCAUUAAUAAGCUGUCAAGCUGAUUAAAGCAAAGUAUUUGCUCACUUCACCCGCUCACAUGAAGCCUGCAUUAGUAAUUAAGAUUACUUAACAACUUAGAAACAAAAUAACACACAAACAUGUUUUAUACUCACAAUGAAUGGGAAUACAGGUGUUUUGGGUUAUUAUGGUUUUAUUAAUUUACACCCAAAAAAAUCAGUUGUGCUUCACAAAAGCAGCCCUUCUUAUAAAUAUUCGUGAAAAUACCUUUUAAUAUGCCAGGAGGGGGUGGAGACCCAUAACCACUUAAAUAUAAUUGUAUAUAUGUUUUCAAAGUGCUGGAUGUGGUGGGUAGUUGGCUCAAUCACCAAUUAUAAUAGGCAUGUCACCAACUGAUCCCUUCUCGUCUUCUUCUCCUACUUGUUCAAUUUCUAUUAACCUAGAUACCAAUUUUCUCUUUCACAUUCUAGUAUUAGUGAAAUCAUUUAAUUGUCAGCAUGAAGGUUUGCGUAUCUUCUUGAGUUUAUGGCAGGUCCACCAUAAUUUUAAGCAGGAAAUGUUUUUAUACUGUAUGCAUUUACAACCCCCUCUGGGUUAAUUCUUAAGCAAGCUUGCUAUUACACAAGUUAUUGUGAUCUUGUAAAAUGAAUCAAAAUGUUUUUAAUGACAUUCUGUCAGAAAUACAUGUAUUUGUCUUUUAUUUCUGUUUUACACUUAUCAUUUUGACUAUGCAGUAAUACAGUGUACAGAGAAAGGUAUAUAACCUACAUCGAUUUUUAUAAUGAACAAGCUGCAUUGUGCCAUUUUAAUCGGUGAACACAGGCAUGGCUGAAGAUGUUCAGUUUAAUUUUAACAAUUCUCCAAUUGUAUGUACAUACAAUAUUUAGCAUGUUAAAUUGUUGCUGGGUAAAAUAUUUUACAAAUAAAAAAAUGGGAAUAUUAAAAUAACUUGGCUGGGGUUUUGGUGUUAAAUAUGUGGGUUCUGUUGGGAUUCUGCAGUUUAGUGGUAAAAGAAAAAUCAGUGAUUAGUACAUGCAUGUAGUUUUGGCUUUAUUAAAAAAGUACUUAUUUUGUGAAGAAGCAAAUUUUAAUUAACAUUUCAUUGCAUUAUAACUGUUCUGAAUUGGGUUUUGUAUGUAUUUCUAUCUUCUCACACUUUGCCUACUUUAAAUACAGAAACUAUACAAUUUGGUAUGACAACCAUUGAUCAGAUGUUCUUAAUUUCAUUAUUGAGCUCACUAAAUCUGUAUCUUAAUCAUAUUUCCUAUAAUUUCCUACAAGGUACGGAAAAUAUUAAAAUGUGAAAAGAGAAAUUUAUAUUUAUCAUAUUUGUGCUAAUGAUUUAACACUUAAUCUACUAUGAAAUUAUCCUACUGAUAUAUUUUAUUAUCCAUGUGGUUUAAAAUAAACAGUGCCAUAAAUUUUAUGUAAUUACACAUGCUACGAUGCUUACACAUGACUGUGAUGUUGAACUUAUACAUACAUACAUACAUAGGCUUUGAAGCAUGGCUGUGACUUUGUCUGUGGAAUACAUGAUGUUGAAAUCUGAGAGCUUUUAUUGUUUUGUCUUUUGUAGAUACAUGUUCUGAGAAUGAGAAUUCACUUCUGGAAAUUGGUCAAAAAUUAUUUUAAAGUAAUUCAUGAUUAUUUUGUAACAUUUCAUUGAGUAAUGUCUAAUGUAUAUGCCAUGAAGUAUGAUCACUUUCCUGACAUAAUCAUUUGUCAACACAACCACAGCUUGUAAUAUUAAAAAACAUACAUACAGUAUUGCAUUCUAAAUGUUUCUUUUACCUUGUCAACAACGGUUUUUACAUCUAUGAAUAUUUCAUUUUUGAUGGUGCAUUUAACAAAAAACCCAAUUUGCACUAAGACUGGAUUGAAUGAAUUGAGUAUGUCUGAAAUAGAUAAAUAGAUUAGCAUGUCACUUUGAGUAAAUUAAUUAGAAGUUUAAUUUCUUUUUCAACACACUGCCAUCCUAUUAGAAUCCAGCUUUUGUGUUUCUAAUUAUACAAAAGAAUACCCAUAGCUGCUGGUCUUACUGUCUGUGUUCAUUUGGCUGUUCCGAACUUUAGUAGCAUUAGCACUGUAUGUUAUAUAUAUAUUAUGAACAUCAAUAUGAACUUAAAUCUUAUGUAUGAUUUUCUCCAUUCUGCUGAACUCUUGAGUAUGAUAUAUUACUCUUAGUAUCUGAUAAGCCAGUACACCAUACUUUGUUGUUAGUAACCAAUAUUUUUUCUUUUGGUAAACUUUUUACUGUUAUUUUAUGUUAAUUAUUAUUUAGAACAAAGAAACCUGUUUACUAGUAAUUUUAUUUUUAACAAAUGCAUAUUAAGUACAUUGUAAUGAUUUACAGUAUUUUUGGCAUCUAGACAGUACUACUUUCUCGCAAAUUGCUUAAAAUACGAGAAAAGAUGGAUAGUGAUACAAAAAAAAAAUAUCCAGCUUAGUGCUGUCCAGUCCAGCACCUGUUGUCAGUCCAGUUUAGAUAUAUAUUUAUGUUGUUUAUUCUUUACAGUUCAUUUAUCAUUUACCUUUUAAAAUAGUGUGCAUAAUAUAUUAAGAAAGCUCAUUUUAUAGGUUCAAGAUGUGCAUGUGUUAAAGAGACUGUCCUGAGUUUGCUGCCAUUGUAAGAUGUUUCCAACUAAUAAAAUCUUGUCCCAACUAAAAUUACAUAGUAAUUAUAGUUUCUUGUUUAAAAUAUCAGUGUCUGCUUAUUCAACACAUUUUUUACCAUUCUAAUGUCUGUAAGUACCCAAAGUGGAUUGAUUUUCCAGUAAUUUUGUAUAACAAUAUAUAUAAGGAAAUAAAAUGAAGUUUGACCUAGUACAAAUGUUAGUACGGUCAGAAACACAGUUAAUAUAUAUUCCGUUAGUAAUUUAUGCAGGAAAAACAUGUUUAAAAUGCAAUUUUAAUCAAUAAAAUGUCGGUUAGUCGGCAACAUCUUAACAAUGGUAACAAACUCGGGACAGUCCCUUUAAAAUUAAAACCAAAAUAACGUCUUACAUAUUAUUUUUGAAAAGCAUUUAGUAUCAUACAUAUUUCAUACUUUGAUGAAUCUGAAACAGAUUGAGUACCAUACAAUAUCACCGUCAUGUAUUUCAUAUUUUUCAAUAAAUUGGUUGUGGUUUACGUUUCCAGUUCGUACACUGAACUGGUACAUGUCUUCAGUUACACAACUUUCUUUUUAAAUGAAAUUAUGUUUAGCAAAUUUUGUUGAGAUUUGUUGAUUAUAACUAUCCUAAUCUAUUUCUCACCUUGUAAGAAACAAUUUUGGCAGUUGCUGAUCUUUAUCAAAACAGUUAUGUUUAAACAGUAUUAAUGUUUUGAAACUUUGAGAUUGAUCAGUAGACAAAGACAUAUGAAAACAUUAAGAGUCUAGACUCAAGACUUUAUUGAUGUCUUGUGAUUUUAACUUAAUGGAAAGGCCUACAUAUUGCAUGGGUGUGUCAUUAUUAAGGGGACUAUCCUGAGUUUGUAGUCAUUUUAAAAGGUUUUCAGCAAAUGUUUUUUUUAUAUGAUUAAAAUUUCAAUUUACUCAUAUUUUCUUGCUUAGAAUAUAAAUAUCUCUGUAACCAGUUGCAUUUCUGGAUAUGGUAAUGUUUUGUAUUAUUUCAAUAUAAAUUUUUUGUCUAAAAUAAUUUUGUACGUACAAAUUUAUUAUUUCUUCCAAAAGGCAAAUGAAAUUUGAAAUAAUUCAGACAAGAUCAUUUCAAAUGUAUUUAUCCAUAUAAUGUUUUAUCAAGGUUUAAGCUGUUGCUUGCCAAUCACCAAAUAUGAAUUUUUAAAGUUUAAUUUGGAAACUAUAUUUCAUUACUAACUCGCUAAAAAGCAAAUUUGAAGAUUGUUGUUUAUAGAUGUACCAUCAUUUUUGCUGUUUGGCUAAAUCAAACUUGACAGAUUUUCUUAGCAAAUUCGCCAAAUUGCUAAUAUUUUAUAGGCAUCAGCCUAAACCCUGCUUUGUAUUUAAAACAUGUUAUGGUAAGAUAGUGUUUAAAAAAACCCACCUGAAAAAAAGCAGGAUGUGUGUUUAUUUGUUAGGGGUAACAAACACAAUCUUAUUGGUGGCUGAAAACUCUGGAUAGUCCUUUUAAACAUUUGAGUCUAUAGUCUGCCCACAGGGAACGCCUUUUUUCAUACUAUGGAAUUUACUACAAUUUAUUUAUUUCUCAUACGAUUGAUUUGUAAAUUGCACACAAAAAUAGUAUUUAUUUGUUAUUUCCAAAACACUUUUAUGUUUCUUCUUACUUCAAACCAAACUGGAAUUAUUUCCAAAAAACAUUGUUAUAGAAUGAUGGGAUGGACUAUAGAUUUGAAAGCUUUAUACAUAUGGUCUAUGUUAAAGCUGCAAUUUAUCAUAAAAUAGUUCGCUAAUAAGAACACAACCACUGUUUUAACAUAUUUAUGUUGUUGCUAUUGGUCGAUAUUAUCAACUGCCACCUACCAGAAAUAUCUGGGUCUUCUCUUUUUUUUCUUUCUUUUUUUUUUAACCUAGAUUGGGGAUUGCAGCAUAUUUGAAAUUAACACAGACUUUCUUAUUUUUUUUUUGGGGGGGGGGGGGGGUUCUUAAAUACAGCAAUUAAACUUGAUUUUGCAUAUUUAAGAUCUCAUAAUUUCUCCCAUUUGUUUUUAAAUACAUGCCCAACUUUGACAAGUCUUAUUAUGGUAUGACAUUGUCCAUGGUGUAUGUUUGUCCGUCUGUUAAGUUUCCUUGUUCGAGACAUAUCUUCCUUACCAAACUUGGCAUGGCGGCAUGUGUACCAUAAGUAGGUACUGUGACCUACUUUUUAUGGAUUACUGCACAUUAAAAGAAAUCCUUGUCCGAGGCAUAUCUUCGUUAUCAAUUUAUAUAGGAUCAUCAAACCUUGCAUGUAAGUACAACUUGGAAUGAUGGUGUGUCACCCACCGCAACUUGGGCAACUAUGUUCUACCUUUCACAGAAAUCCUUGUCCGGGUCAUAUCUUCCUUAUCAGUUGGUGUAAGACAUCAAAUUUGGCAUGGCAGCAUGUGUACCAUAAGUAGGUACUGUGACCUACUUUUUAUGGAUAACUGCACAUCAAAAGAAAUCAUUGUCUGGGCCACAUUUUCCUUAUCAAUUCAUAUAGGAUGAUUAAACUUUCCAUACAAGUACAACUGGUGUGUGCUUCACUAAUCAAACUAUGAUGAGCUUAUCAUGUACUUCACUACUACUCUUGGUUUGGUAUGAUAUAGUAGCAACAUUUUAGUCAGUUGCUAAUCAAACUUGUAUAUAUUUUACUGACUGAAAUAUUUGCUUAUAGAAAUUUCAUGACAACAUAAAUAUUUCCUAUUUUAAAUUUAAAUGGGUUAUACAAAAAAAAAGAGAGCAAACAUUUUAUGUAGGUGGCAAUGAGAUACUAUCCACUUUGCAAACUUUUCAGUGCAAUCUUCUUAACAAUACCAUAUUUUGUUAAAAGGACAAAAUUGUAUGUUGUUCUUGCUUUCAGUAUGGUAAUCAGUAGUUUAAUUGUGGUUUACAUUUGUAAAAAAUAGAAAUAAGAAUUUCUGUUUAGAAGAAAAGAAGUACUUUUUUGAUAUGCAGUGUGAUCUAUAAGAAGACAUGCAUUGUACCCUAUAUUCUAGCCACAAAAUUGUGUUUCAAUGCCCUAUUCUGUCUCAACAAUGCAUCAGUUCAAUAAAUAGCUGCAAUGGCACUAAAUA